GUACAAGUGGUAAAGUCGAUCAAAAUGGCUGGACAACAAGACGUGGACGAGUUAUUUGAAGUGAAAAAUGCUUUUUACUUGGGUAGUUUUCAGCAGUGUAUAACGGAAGUUCAAAAUCUAAAGCCAUCUAAUAAGGAUGUGAAGACAGAAGCAGAUGUCUUUAUGUACAGAGCGUAUAUAUCACAGAGAAAAUAUGGCGUUGUCAUUGAUGAAAUCAGAUCGUCAGCAGGAUCAGAGCUACAAGCAGUUAAGAUGUUUGCCAAUUACCUUGCAAAUCCAGAUAGAAGGGAUGGAAUUGUGAAGGACCUAGAUGGUAAGAUGAGCAGUAGUGUUGACAUAACUAACAACACCUUCCUCUUAAUGGCUGCUUCGAUUUAUGUCCAUGAACAGAAUAAUGAUGCUGCUCUCAGAGUUCUGAAUCAGUCAGAAUCUCUAGAAUGUGCUGCUCUGACAGUCCAAAUAUAUCUGAAGAUGGAUAGAGUAGACCUUUCAAAAAAAGAAUUGAAACGUAUGCAAGAGCUUGAUGAUGACGCUACUUUGACCCAGAUUGCUCAGGCAUGGUUCAACCUUGCUGUGGGUGGUGAGAAACUACAAGAUGCAUAUUAUAUUUUCCAAGAAUUAGCCGAUAAAAACACAUCCACUCCACUGUUAUUGAACGGAAUGGCUGCAGCGUACAUUCAUCAAGGCAAGUUUGAUGAAGCAGAAGGCGUUUUACAAGAAGCAUUGGAAAAGGAUAGCAACAAUCCGGAAACAUUAAUCAAUAUGGUUGUUCUAUCACAGCAUCUAGGCAAAGCUCCUGAGGUCAGCAAUCGUUAUGUAUCCCAAUUAAAAGAUGGCCAUCAGUCUCACCCGUUCGUCAAAGAGUAUUGUGCAAAGGAACUUGAAUUUGAUCGUCUUGCAAAACAGUAUGUCUCAUCAUCAUAAACACAAGGCAAUCUACUUUAUGUUAAAUAUCGUGACUUUAUCGCAAUUCCUAACUUAUGGAUUUGUAGUCUCAGUCUUAGUUGACGGAUUUGUUACUUUGCUUUAAUACCAUUCCUAUAUUGUCAUUGUCGAUUACUGUGUAUCUGUUUGACUUUACAGCAUUUACACUAAUUUCCCGUAUCUUGGCAUAUUCGAUGUACUUCAGUAUGAAAUGCACCUUAAGUGUUGUGCUGGAAAGCCAUGAUGCAAGCAUCUGCUGUUACAUGUAGCAUGUAUUUCAGCCAAUGAAAUACUAUAAAUGCAUUAAUUAUUCACUUGGUAUUUAUUUCGCUAUUUUCGCUGAUAAGUAAAAUCCCCUAAAUUAAAUCUAUGUGAACAUGUGAAAUAACAAUAAAACUCAUUGUUUCCUUGACAAAUUCAUGAAAAUUAAAAAAACACAGUGAAUAUGCUCAAAAUUUCAAAACAGUGAAAUUAAAUGUCAGUGAAAAUAAAUGGUUUUACAGUAUGGCAUAAAAUAUGAGUUUUUGUUUUUGUUUUUAUUUGAUGUUCAUGUCUUCACUGUUGCUUCUUUCCCAUGAUGCAACCCAUGAAACAUUCAAAAAUCACACAACCACAUGUUCAAGUCCUCAUAAGGGAUCGAUCAUUUGAAAUCGAACAGUGGCUGGACGAUUUGUUUGAAAAUUAAAAAAUUACAAGCUCGGUAACAAGAGCAAAAAAAAAUGCAUUCAGGAAGAAAAUGUUGGUACAUCCAGAAAAAUUAAAAAGGUACAGACAAAACACUUUGGGAAAACUAAUUAACCCCCCCAUCCCAUUAUUUCAAAUGGUUGACUUCUAUUUCGAUGGUCUAAACACUCAUUCUUGUUUUAUAAUGUCCUUCAUCUCUGGAACUCACUACAAAAGGAUGCAUACUGGUGUAAAUUAUUAUGUCAUUCAGAUCAGCCAAUCUGAACCCUCCAUCAAUCGUUAAUUUACUGAAUGCCACUUAUAAUGUAUUAGGAGCUGGUUUCAUUUCUUGGGUUUUGUAGACAAUUUUAUAUAUAUAUAUACCCAGGUGUAUUACAAAUGAUAGUUGAUUGUUAUUGUUCCUGUAUCCUGUUCCUGUCCCAUGAAUGUUUAUUGUAACAUAGUCUUUAAAUACAUCCAAGUAAUUGUUCCUGUACUCAGUACCUGCAGUGGUGUUUUAAUUGAGGCAAAGUUUCAGUUAAUUCCAUGUUUCUGUACUAUUUGACAAUCAUCAUCAUUUAUUUAAUCUAAUUUUAUUUUCCUUAUUAAACUAUCUGACUCUUUGUUUAGGAGGAAUUUAUAAACCACUUGUUAGUUCUGAAUGUCCUUGAUGAUGAAUUAUUGAGUUCAUUUCAACCUAUUUUUUCCAGGUUUAUUCUACUCGUUUGAGUUUAUAUUAUUUCUUGUCGUAAUAAAAGGUAUUUUUA